CCACAGCGAAAGCGAGAGCGAGUGAGCCACCCAAAUCAAACAGAUAAAGCGGAAGCUGAUAGCAGCGCGAUCCAAAUCCCGCCGGAGUUCACCAAUGGCGGCCCCUGUUUUUGCUCCGUCCAAGUUUAUCAUCUCCCCGCCGUCCUUCCUCUUCCCGUUCAGAAACAGACCCGCUUUCACCCUCAACUCCGUCGCCGGAACACCGCGCCCACCGCGCCGAGUCGUCGUCGCCGCUUCGGCUGCUGCCACGAUCGACUCAAGCAAUGGCGCUAUCGCCACAACCAUAGAGAAACCCAUCGGAGACGUGGAUUAUGGCAGGCAGUACUUCCCCUUGGCCGCAGUGGUUGGGCAGGAUGCUAUUAAAACUGCCUUGCUUCUCGGUGCCAUUGAUUGUGAGAUAGGAGGUAUUGCCAUCUCAGGUAAGAGGGGAACAGCAAAGACAGUGAUGGCGCGCGGAUUGCAUGCUGUACUUCCACCAAUUGAAGUAGUGUCUGGUUCAAUAUCUAAUGCAGACCCCAACUGCCCAGGAGAAUGGGAAUAUGGAUUAACUGAACGGGUGGAGUAUGACUCUGCUGGUAAUGUUAUGACUCAAAUUGUUAAGACACCUUUUGUUCAGAUUCCACUUGGAGUUACAGAAGACAGGCUUCUUGGAUCUGUUGAUGUAGAGGAGUCUAUAAAAUCAGGAACUACUGUAUUUCAACCUGGUCUACUUGCACAAGCACACAGAGGAGUCCUCUAUGUCGAUGAGAUAAAUCUUUUGGAUGAGGGGAUCAGCAAUCUUCUUCUAAAUGUUCUAACUGAUGGAAUUAAUAUUGUGGAGAGAGAAGGAAUAAGCUUUCAACAUCCUUGCAAGCCACUUCUUAUUGCUACAUACAACCCAGAGGAAGGUUCAGUACGUGAACACUUGCUUGAUCGUAUAGCAAUUAAUUUAAGUGCAGAUCUUCCAAUGAACCUUGAUGACAGAGUUGCUGCAGUUGGUAUUGCAACAAAAUUUCAGGAAAAAAGCAAAGAGGUUUAUACAGUUGUCGAGGAAGAAACUGAAUAUGCUAGGACUCAGAUCAUUUUGGCAAGAGAGUAUCUGAAGGAUGUCACCAUCACUAGGGAUCAGCUGAAAUAUCUGGUUAUGGAAUCAAUACGAGGAGGCUGUCAGGGACAUAGAGCUGAAUUAUUUGCUGCUCGAGUAGCAAAAUGUCUAGCUGCUCUGGAGGGGCGUGAAAAAGUCUAUGUGGAUGAUCUGAAAAAAGCUGUAGAGUUAGUUAUCCUACCUAGGUCCAUUAUCACUGACAACCUACAAGAGCAGCAGAAUCAGCCACCACCUCCUCCACCACCUCCUCCACAAAAUCAAGAUUCUUCAGAGGAUCAAAAUGAGGAAGAAGAUACAGAGGAAGACAACGAGCAGGAGAAUGAACAACAGGAACAACAAAUACCUGAUGAGUUUAUCUUUGAUGCUGAAGGUGGGAUUAUUGAUGAUAAGCUUCUGUUCUUUGCUCAACAAGCACAAAGACGUCGAGGUAAAGCUGGGCGUGCAAAGAAUGUUAUCUUUUCAGAAGAUAGGGGCAGAUAUAUUAAGCCUAUGCUUCCAAAGGGUCCUGUUAAGCGAUUGGCUGUUGAUGCAACACUGAGAGCUGCUGCACCAUAUCAAAAGCUUCGUCGGGAGAAAGACACCUGCAAGUCCAGAAAAGUUUAUGUAGAAAAAACAGACAUGAGAGCAAAGAGAAUGGCACGAAAAGCGGGUGCUCUGGUAAUCUUUGUGGUUGAUGCUAGUGGAAGCAUGGCAUUAAACCGUAUGCAAAAUGCAAAAGGUGCAGCACUGCAAUUAUUAGCAGAAAGUUAUACAAGUAGGGAUCAGGUUUCAAUCAUUCCUUUCCGUGGAGAUUGUGCAGAAGUUUUGUUGCCUCCGUCAAGGUCAAUAGCAAUGGCUAGGAAACGGCUUGAGAGACUUCCAUGUGGCGGCGGUUCUCCCUUAGCACAUGGUCUAAGCACGGCGGUUAGGGUGGGAUUAAAUGCUGAAAAAAGUGGUGAUGUUGGACGCAUUAUGAUUGUUGCAAUUACUGAUGGAAGGGCUAACAUAUCUUUGAAAAGAUCCAUUGAUCCAGAAGCUGCUUCCACGGCAGAUGCGACAACUAGGCCUUCAACACAGGACCUCAAGGAUGAGAUUCUAGAUGUAGCUGGAAAAAUAUACAAGGCAGGGAUGUCGCUUCUAGUCAUUGACACAGAAAACAAAUUUGUUUCUACGGGAUUUGCCAAGGAGAUUGCAAGAGUUGCCCAAGGAAAAUAUUACUACUUACCAAAUGCUUCUGAUGCUGUCAUCUCUGCCACAACAAAGGAGGCAUUAUCAGUCUUGAAGAGUUCAUGACAAAUAGGAACACUACUUUCCAUAUUGACCUUCAGCUUCCUAUCUUCAAAUUUAUGAUGCGGCUAGUGAAGAAAGUGUGAUGAAUAGGUGAUGGCAACGCACUCGUCUUUUAUUAGGAAAUGGUGUAUAUGAGAAUAGGUUUCUAUGCAAGUAACAGGUUCAUGUAAGGGCCAUGGUUGACCUGUUGUAUGGAGCUUCAGUCUGUCUGUGCUGAAUUUAUCCCAAUCUGGCUUUGUACUGCUAUUUUUUUUGUUUAUGUUUUUGCAAGGUAAUAGAAGAUAGAUCCCCAAUAAUUGAUGAA